AUGGGUAUUGAUUUUACAGAAGGGGUAAAGAAGGUAUCUUGGAGAUUGCACACACUGUUUUCUGUUGAAAGUCAAAAUUACUUUGAUAUGAAGGUCAAACAACCUGGACCUGUUACUCGUCUUCUUAGUUGUACCGAUGAAAAGAAGAAGAAUUAUAAAGGAAUGCAUUUGGCUCCAAUUUUUGAGGUUCCUUCUGUGAGUAGACAUCCCAAAACUGGUGACUGGUACCCUGCAAUAAACAAACCUGCCGGGGUCAUACACUGGUUUAAAUAUAGUAAAGAUGCAAUAAAUGUUGGUUGGGUUCUCAUUCUAGACACAGACAUGAUUAUCCGUGGCCUAAUUUUACCUUGGGAACUUGUUGUUGCUCUGUCUCCAAACACUGAUACCCUUUGCCAUGACAGCUUAUGGUACUGCUGCAUUGCUACUUCAAAAGGUGCUGCAAAUCACACUAUGUCAGUUGGAGAAAUCUCCAAAUUGUAUGCUCUAAGAGAUCAAAAUCAAGAUAGUAAAAACUCUCCUACAAGCCAAAAACCAAGUCAUCAAACUCUAGCUUCAAGGAGCGUACUUCCGACACCUGUUAAAAGAAAAGCAAAAACAUCAACCACUAAUUCUUGGGGUGGUGAUGGUGAUUCAAAGUCCGUGUUCAACAAGAAUUCCGAAACUAAUCGAAGACAUAGCAUUGCGAUAUCUCCGGAGAAAGAAGAUGUAAGCUCACCUGCAAAGGUUGCAAAGACUAAAAGCAAAGUGCCAAGUACUCCUGCUAAGAAGCAGCUUUCUUUCCCAGCUUCUGGUACAAGAAGGCAUCCUGUUCCAAGUAGAAUAGGAAUGAGUUCUAAUAAGAAUGGUGUGGCUGCUACUACUAUUCCUGAAGAGAAAGUGAAAGAAGGACAGUGCAGUCAAUUAUCAUUUUGCUGGAUGCUUUGGAAAGAAUGCAAUCACACUUAG